ACUCGUGUUGGUGUUGCUGCGGGAACUAACGAAGAAUCACGUUUUCAUUUUCCGAUUCCUGUGGGUCGACGUCGCGGGGAACAGAGGUGAUGGACAUAACUGUUUUGUAUUUGGAACCUUUUGGUGAAUCACGUUUGACUUAACUUCACCGUUUGGGUUUUUGAAAGGGAAGAAACACAUAUCUUCAUCUUCAUCAUCAUCAUCAUUUACAGUUACAGAUCUGAUCUGCGUCUUAGUCAUACAUAUAGUGGAUCACUGCUUAUAUCUCACGACCUGAUAACUUUCAAGACAUGGAUGAUAGCUGUGCUGUGUGUGCUGAGACACUGGAGUGGACUGCAUAUGGACCCUGUGGCCAUAGGGAGGUUUGCUCGACCUGUGUUAUUCGUCUGCGUUUCAUCUGCACUGAUAAUCAUUGCUGUAUCUGCAAGUCCAUCUCCAACAUUAUUUUUGUCACCAAGGCUUUAGGAGAUUAUACAAGGAUGAUAAAUGACUUUUCAGUAUUUCCAACCAAUCCAAGAGAGGGUAAAGUUGGGUCAUAUUGGUAUCAUGAAGGAACACAAGCAUAUUUCGAUGAUGUAGAUCACUACAGGACAAUAAAGGCAAUGUGCAGGCUUUCAUGUGGAGUUUGUGAUAAGAUAAAUGACAAGGAAAGCAAAGGAACAAAGAUAACAGCUGAGUUCAAUAGCAUCGAACAGCUGGAAAGUCAUCUGUACCAUCGGCAUAGGCUGUUCAUGUGUAGUCUGUGCUUGGAAGGUCGGAAGAUAUUUAUAUGUGAGCAAAAGAUGUAUAAUAAGGCACAACUGAAUCAACAUUUAAAGACUGGUGACUCAGUGAUUGAUGGCAAUGAAUAUGAAAGAGGUGGGUUCAUGGGGCAUCCUAUGUGUGAAUUUUGCCAGAACCCAUUCUAUGGAGAAAAUGAACUGUACUCACAUAUGUCUAGGGAGCACUAUACUUGCCACAUAUGCCAAAGGCUGCACACUGGACAGUAUGAAUACUACAAAGAUUAUGAUCACUUAGAGAUACAUUUUCGUCAAGAGCAUUUCUUAUGUGAAAAUGGGGCUUGCGUUGAAAGUAAAUUUAUUGUGUUUGCUACUGAAACUGAGAUGAAGAAACAUAAUGCUGCAGAACACACAGGCUGUGCAUCUCUCUUCAGGCGCAAUGCUGUUCAUCAGGGCAAUGGGAAUGAUUGUCAAGGCAGAGAGCAUAGUUAUAAUCAUGAUUCAUUGGUCAAUCAACGUUUUUGGGCUAUUCAACCCAGUUUUCGGACAGUCAUUGAAGAAAACAUCAGUGAUGCUUCAUCAAGUGUGCAGAGAUUUAACAAAGUAAAGGCGAGUGACACUGAGUCUGAUGUUAAUUCUUUUGACAUAUUAGCUGCACUUCAAUCUGAGUCAUCUCUAGGAUGCAAUCAUGAUUUAGGCCAAACCUCUAGGAAUGGAAUGCUAGAAGAAUCAUCAUUUCCUCCUCUUCCAUCAGCUGCAAGAAGGAGUAAACAUAAAUUUAACAAUUGUUCAGAAGAAAGGAGGGAGAAAAAAAUGGCAGCUUGCCUUCGCCACCAAAACAAAAGAACUUCUUCUGGUCUUAGUUCUCAGGCUUGGCACACAACAAUUUAUCAACCUACCUCAUCAGGCAGCAGUUCUCACCAGUCAACUCUGGCAGCUGAUCCUGCAUCUCUGUCAUUCUCUGAUUUCCACUGUUUCUCCCGGAGCAAGUCGGCAACAGUUAAUGGAUGUAUUUCAUCUGGCCCUUCAGCCUCUUCUCAGGCUCCGUUAACUGCAGAUGUUAAAAUCAUGCCAGUUGAUGUGGCUAGUUCAUUGAGAAAUUUCAGUAGCACUAGUACGACCAACCACUCUGCUUCUGCUUCAAACCCGGUAGACACAGGGUCUUUGAGAAAAUCUACUAAAUUGCCUCCCAUUUCAGUUACUUUGAAUAACGAGGUUCAGUCAAGUGGUCAGCUGGUGCUGAAGGGAGAAGAUGUUCAGAAAGCCAAUAAGUUGCUUUUGGAAAAAAUUCGUGCCACUGUAGGUUUUGAUGAUAAUAAGUUAAUUGAUUUUAGGAAAGCAUCUGCUGGUUUUCGACGAGGAUCAAUGAAUUCUGGGGAAUUCCUUGCCAAGGUGCAUGAAUUUGGCUUGUCCCAUCUUACUCUUGAGCUAGCUAGACUCUGUCCUGAUGCUCAGAAGCAAAAAGAACUCAUUGAAACUUACUACUUAAAUGCGAGAAGUUGUCACGAUAAAGUUCAUUUGUGCAAUGACAGUGGUCAGCCUAAAAAGCAAAAGAACUCCAGAAAAGGUAAGGAGAAAUGUGGAGAGGAUGGGACAAAUUUUAAUCUGAUUGAUAAUUCUAUAAAUGGCUUGAGUAAUUUGCAGUUGAAGUGUAAGCCUUCUGAUAGGGAAGUAAAUGUUUUAUCAGAACAUGAUUAUUGUUGUGACAAAGGAAAGUCAAAGGUUUCAGUUGAUGAAGAUGAAAUAGGCAAUUCAUCUUCUGCUAGACCAUCAAGGAUGGAGAAACGGAACAAAAAUGUUUCUCAGUCAGCUGGGGCUGGUGGUGGUUCAAAACAAAACCUGGGGACUGGAGCAGGUGGUAACAAGCAGCAGCAGAAGAUGCCAAAGUUCCUAAGGAAACGUCUUGGCAAUGAUGAUGCUGCCGUUACAGACCUUGAUGAUUACGAUCCUGUUUCCAGUAAUGUACAAGAAAGAUCAAAUGGAAAUAAGGAGCCUCCUAGGCAGCUGCCAGUUCGUGGAGUCUGGAGGAAUGGAGGAGGCAAGAGACUUGUUGCAAUGACACAGGGUAAACUUACAAUUACAAAGUAGUUGUUUGGUUUUAUGAUCAGUUUAUGAUGUUGAAAAUGCCAAAUUGUAUGUUAUUACUUUUUAUCCCCCUCCCAACUCGGCCUUUGGUACACAAUUAACCUUUCUAUUUCUCCCUCCCUAGUCUAAUUUUUUUUUUUUUUAAAAAAA